GGGAAUAUUUCAGCAAACAUCGGCAUCAAUUUCCCUCUUUUUUCUAUCCAAUUCAGUGUAAAAGAAUUUUUUUUAGCAAAAAUAGAUUCUUGGGACAAAUUUCCUUUUUUUUUUUAAUUAACGGUGGAAUUGUCGAAUUUUUUUCUCUAUUCGACUUUUGAAAUAUAUUGGAGCGAGAGAGUGUAAUCAGAAGGAAGUUUUUUUUUCUUUUUUUGUGAUGUGUUAUGCUGCGAGUGUAAAAAGCGGUGCGAUGCGCGUUUCUGUUUGCCUUUCUUAUCUCAGGUUUGCACUGCGAUAACCGAUCUCCUCUUUCCAGCUGAUCUCGUAAAGGCCUCGGAUCUACUUCCCCUAAGUACUCGCCAGUCAAAGAAACGCAAUCCUCUGAGGCGCGCUGGUUUAAGAUGGAUAUAAUAUUAUGUUGUUAGAGAGACGUGUCAAGACAUAAGAGCCCCUCCCAUCAUAAUGAUGAGUUUUAUGCAACAGCGAGAAUUUCUAAAUUCUCGAUAAAUUUUUUUUCUUUCUGAAGAGAAAAAAAAAAUUGAACGAUUUGUUAAAAAUUGUGAGGAAACUAAAAUAAAGGAAAGAAAAAAAAAAGACUCCUCUUCACUGAGAUGCGUGCAACGGAGUAUGUAUCAGGAAGGAAGUCCCGCACUAGACCGAGUUCCUCUUCAACGGAAGGCAAAUGCCGUUUACUAUACUACUCUCAUAUGCAGUGCCGACCGAAGAUGAUGUUCAUUCAAAAAUCAUUGUCCAGUCAUCGCCAUCAGCGUCCACAUCAUCAUCAUUAUCAUCAUCAUUAUCAUCAAUGGAUGGAAAUGAGUCUUGAUUGCCCAGAAUCGCCCUUGUUGAAUCCGGCACUGUUCAUAUAGUAUUGUGAUUAACAAAGUGAACCUGCACAG